CGAAACACAGUCUCCGUUUGCGCACGGUGGCCUCGAUGGUUUCCUCGCAGCCUGCCUGGAUGAGGGCCUGGGCAUAGGACAGGGGGCGGUCUGAGCCGUUUCCGCUUGCUCCAGCCGAUGCACCGUGUGAGGAACUGGCGGUGGGUCCCAUUGAGCUUCGUGUAGUGCUCCGCUGUUAGGCUCCACGAGGCGCACCCAUAUAGGAGAGUCUGCACCACUUCAGCCUGGAGUAGCCGGAUCUUGAGCUGGCGGUCGGCCCGUCGCCUGUCGUACAUCGAAGCACUGUUCCGGCGGUAGCACUUCCACGCUCGGCAGCUGCGGCUCGUGAUCUCCCGGUCGGCCUUCCCGUCCGCGGAGAUGGUACGUCCGAGGUACACAAACCGAUCUGUCUGCUUGUACGCCUGGCCGGCGGCGCUGACCGUGAACGGGCGUUCCUCCAUCCCUUUCGGCAGCAUGCACAUGAUCUCAGUCUUUGGCUCCGAUGCCAUCAGUCCGAACAGGCCGGCCACGCGCACGAUGACCGACAUCAUCUUCUCGAGACUCUCCGGUGAGCGCGAGACGAUGGCCGCGUCGUCAGCGUAG